AUGGCUUCAGUCAGAGAAAAGUUAACGAAAUACACUGCUUAUUACAGAUGUCCCGACAACAUUCAGAAUUUUAAAAUGCGAAUAAAAUAUAAGGAAAUUGAAGCAGAAAAAGUUGAAACCGCUGACGGUGAAACUGAGGUUGAUUGGCAAAUUAAAACAAUUUCUUGGCAGGAGAAACACUUCAGCAAAAACGAGCGAGAAUUCUAUGGAGAUGCUUUGAACUGCGUCACAGAUUUAGAGAAAAGGUAUCACGAACAAAUAAAAGACCAAGAAAGUCCUGAAACGGCCCCCGAUAUUUUUACGUUCACUGAAGAAGAUGGAUAUACAUUUGAACAAGAGUUAUUUGGAAACGAUUUCCAACAAGACCACGAGGAGUUUGAUUACAACAAACACCUCCAGUCUUCUAUGGAAAAUAAGGUCAUAUCAAGUAAUGUUGAAAAAAUGUAUAUUAUGGCAGAUUUAGGAGAAUAUGUGGAAAAUAUAUGGAUAAAGAACGAACAGCUUCUAUGCAGCAUCAAAUAUGACAAAAACUCGCAAGUUUUAAAUAUUUAUCCAGAUUUUACUACAAUAAAACCAUACUACUUAAAGAUGGGAUCAGAGACUAUCAGAUACUUUUUUUAUUUCAUCGAAAACUGUUCGAAAAUCUCGGAAGAACUAGUCUUGAAAGAGCAAGAAAUCAUUAAAAAAAUAUCAGAGCACAAGCAGUCCAUCAGACAACGGUUGAUAGGUAACAAAUUUCCGUUACCUCCAAAAAAUAAGCUUUACGUCUACUUGUUUUUGGAAAUAUUGUCGGCGAAACAUUUCGAGUACCCCGACGUCUACAUUGAAUAUUACAUCGACCUUCCAGAGGGUUGGUCUUGUGAAAACUCGGAAAACUUAAGAGGAAGGACUCAAACAAGUCAUGGAAUCACUGACAAAUACCUACUUCACUUUGGACAUUGCGUUGACGUGGUUCUGCAAUACAACAUACAAAAACUGAGUCAAACGGGUGUUCCAAAAACCCCAUACAUAUACUUCGAAAUUAUAUCCAAAGGCACUUGGGAUAGAUACAGGACUGAAGGACUAACAUAUAAAAUCCUGCCAAUCUCGGAACCAGGUCAUCACAUUUAUAAUUUGUCAUGUUUUCGAUUUACACAAGGUGCGUGGGGGGAUUUGAGAAGAUUUUUCAUUGGGGACUGCAAAAAUUAUAAAGAUGUUACCUGGAUAGGAAUCCCCAAAGAACACGAAGGAGUUGUAAUCAAUAAAUUUGGAAUAAAUACUUUGGGUACAGGUGAGCUAAAUGUUCGGGUGAACGUGGUUCAUCAGUCCCAGGCAUUUCUAAAAGAAUUUAGUAGGGGUGAUCCACGUGAAAAGCUUAUUUACGAAAAGCUGAAUUCUUCCAGUUUGAUCAAAAGCGUUGAAGAAGUGUUACAUGCUUUUAGAAAAGCUAGAAAGAAUAUGCUGGAAGUGAGAAAAAAUUUGUAG